AUGCAUUUCGCCUGGUGCCUAUGGAAACCGGAUGCCCACAAUCUUACCGGUUGGCAAUACGCCAGCACCGUGUCUGUUGCUGUGGGUGUCCACCAGCGGCGGUAUCACGUAGUGCGCACCAUGACGUCAGCGGUCGACAGCCCAGAAGACGAGGGACUUCAUUGUGCGAUUGCCGACAGAGGUGCUGCCGCGAACGUCUUGGUGUUAAUCGAGCCCCGAUGUAAC